AUGACCCCCAACCUCACAGCCCUGCUUCUCCUCAGUCUGAGUGUGGGCCCCAGGACCCGAGCGCAGGCAGGAUUCCAUGGCAAACCCCGUCUCUCAGCCCUGCCCAGCCCCAUCGUGACCUCAGGAGGGAAGGUGACCCUCCAGUGUGCCUCAUGGGAGAAAUUUGACAGGUUUGUCCUGAGGAAGGAAGGAGAACCCAGGCCCUCGUCGACCCUCGACUCCCAGCGACCCACCAGUGGGCAGUUCCAGGCCCUGUUUCCUGUGGGCCCCGUGACCCCCAACGUCAGGUGGACAUUCAGAUGCUAUGGCUAUUUCAGCAAAACCCCCCAGAUGUGGUCCUACCCCAGUAAACCCCUGGAGCUCCUGGUCUCAGGAACUUCUGGGGGCCCCAGCCCCCCACCCACAGGACCUGGCUCCACAGAGAGGGAGAGUCCUGGCUCAGAUUUCAUGGUCAUGUCCUCUCUGACCCCGUAG